AUGCCCAAUUUUUUCCGGGCGGUCGUACUGCUCGCCGUCAUCGGCCACCAAAACCGCUUGGUCAACGCCGUCACCUGCUUCAAGUGCUGGUCUGGGGAUCAGCAGGCCAUUCUCCAAUUUCAGCUGCUAGAACCCGAACUGUACGGAGAUGUCGAGUACAACGAGCGCUGCUCCGAGGAGAAUCAGAUGGCCGUCGUCGAGGUGAGCGAGUGUCCGGCGGGCAAAUGUUUUGCGCGACGCCUCGAGGACGCCGACAACCAGCCGCUUACCGUCAGGAACUGCUACGCGGGCCCCAAGUGGAAACGUGAUCGGUGGAGGGUCAAGACUCCGAAUUACACGAUCUGGGACUACGGCUGCGCCAGCAACAAUUGCAACUUCCCGUCGGUGGAAUGGCUGAAGGAGGGUUAUGCUGAUGGAACGGAAGGACCGAACGGAUCC